AUGACGCCAAAUGAGCUAAAGUAUUCGCCAAUUGAAAAGUUAUGCUUGGCACUGGUCUUCUCAAUUCAAAAGAUGAAGCAUUAUUUUCAAGCUCAUGUUGUCCGCCUUAUUUCUAUAGCAAAUCCCAUCAAGUUUGUUAUGUCAAAACCUGUCCUUAGUGACCGACUAGCAGGAUGGUACCUCCAAUUCCAACAAUUUGAGAUUGUGUACAUCCCUCAAAAAUCCGUGAAGGGACAAGCACUAGCGGAUUUCUUAGCAGACCAUCCUAUACCAAAUGAUUGGGAGUUAACUGAUGAGUUUCCUGAUGAAGAUGCGAUGUUAAUUGAAGUUCAACCUCCUUGGAAAAUGUACUUUGACGGGGCUACACAUCGCGGCGGAGCUGGUGCUGGUGUGGUGUUCAUCACUUCACAAGAAGAGAUUCUACCAUUCUCUUUUACUCUAAAACAAUGUUGCUCCAUUAAUGUCGCUGAAUAUCAAGCACUGAUACUUGGACUUGAAAUGGCCGUUAACAUGAAACAAUUACAUUUACAGGUCUUUGGUGACUCUCAAUUGGUGAUUAAUCAACUCUUAGAAAGUUAUGAGGUAAAAAAUCCUGAAUUGCGACCUUAUCAUGAUUAUGCUCAAAAGUUGAUAAGAUGGCUUGGGGAUGUAACCCUUCAACAUGUGCGUCGAACAGAGAAUAAGAAAGCUGAUGCAUUGGCUACUCUAGCUUCAACGCCCUUCGUAAUCAAACGCAAGUAA